UUGCACUCACACAAACACUCUUAUCAGCACUGAUAAUAACAGACACGCACCCAAGUUCUCUUUAUUUCCACGUCCAUCGUCAACAUGGCUGCAAAACUUCUUUUUCUGGGACUCCUGGUUGUUGCUGUUUUUGCAGAUCCUCAGGAUCAGUCUGGAUUCCCAAAACAGCCGUCUUGUCCUGAGUCAGACGUGUCUGCCUGCCCAAUGAACUAUCUUCCUGUGUGCGGUACUGAUAAAACACUCUAUCCCAACGAGUGUGCCUUAUGUGUUGCAAGAAAAGAAACCAAAGUGAACAUUUUGAUUGCCAAAGACGAGGAUUGUCCACAGGCCUAGGUGAUGAUGCCAUCAUCAAGGAGACCAAUCAAGCUCAAAUGACAGCUGGAUCACAACUGUGAUCAAUGCAAUAACAAAUAAACA